AUGGUCGCCACAACAACAGAACAGCUAACAGCGUUGUCUGGAACCACCGUCGUUGUCCACCCCCUCGUCCUCCUCUCCGUGACUGACCACCACGCCCGCUCGAUCUCGCGCACUUCAAACAAGCGCGUGAUCGGCAUCCUGCUCGGGCAGGACAACGGCAAGACGAUCAACGUUGCCAACUCGUUCGGUAUCCCGUUCGAGGAGGACGAGAAGGACAGCAAGACGUGGUUCCUGGACCACAACUACAUCGAGGGCAUGUGGGAGAUGUUCAAGAAGGUCAACGCGCGCGAGCGGAUGAUUGGGUGGUAUCACACAGGGCCCAAGCUGCGGGCGUCGGACCAGGAGAUUAAUGAUCUUCUGAAGCGGUAUAUUGCACGGCCAGUGAUGGUCAUUGUCGAUGUGCGACCACAAACAGUCGGCAUCCCAACGGACGCAUAUUUUGCGGUCGAGGAGAUCAAGGACGAUGGUACAGAAACACGAAAGACGUUCCUGCACGUACCUUCAGCCAUCGAAGCGGAAGAGUCAGAAGAGAUCGGUGUAGAGCACCUCCUGCGCGAUAUCAAGGACUCGACUACAACCACCCUCGCGACACGAGUCUCAGAGCAGCUCGCUUCGCUACGCGGCCUGCAAUCUCGGUUGUCCGAUAUCCAAAAAUAUCUGACCGACGUCGUGGCGGGUAAAAUGCCCGUUAAUCACCAAAUUGUGUACUACCUGCAGGACGCGCUGAACCUCCUCCCUGACCUCAACAGCGCGGAGCUCACACAAAGCUUCGCGACGAGCACAAACGACGAGCUGCUGGUGGUGUAUCUGAGCAGUCUGUUGCGGGCGGUGAUCGCGCUGCAUGCGUUGGUAGAUAACAAGGCGACGAUUGGGAGGGCGGAGAUGGAGGAGACGAAGGGUGUCGAUGAAAAGCAGCAGGAGAAGAAGGACAAGAAGGGUGAGCAGAAGGAGAACAACGCGAAGGAUAAGGGAAAAGAGUCGAACACUAACGGAUCGGACGAAAAGGGUUUGUAG